GGCCAUUUCGGGCCAAGAGGCUAUCGUCGCUCGAUUGCCGAACACCCCAGACCUCUGCAGACGAACCGAUCGGAACAUUAGACAAAUGGUGGACAGCAGUUUGUUCUCCGUUGUUCCACGGUUGUUGCUUUUCACUGUUAUGGUUGUUUCGUUCGCAUGCUCGUCGCGUGAUGGCUCCAUUCGCUCGUAUUUAUCCGCAGUCAGCAUCAUGGACCCACGGACCAGUGCGCGUCUGCCUUCGUCGAUGCAGGGCCGAGUCCCAGGUGCUUCGUGCACAGGCUCCAGGUAGAGUACAUUGCAUGGCGCGAACCAGUCGACCAGCUCAGGGUGCACUGAAGUGAUUCCGCAUGGUCGCAAGGUGCUUUUGUAUGGCGCUAUGGGUCGGCACAAUUUCGGUGAUAUGUUGAUGCCGUGGAUCGUUGAAACGAUGCUGCAACGUCGCUACGGUUUCUGUCCCGACGAUUUCUUGCAUGCUGACGUUGCAGGCGCCGACAUGCGGGCGUAUGGUGGUCAUCUUGUCAUCGGCGUUGGCUCUUUGUUCUCCAACAUGUACAACGGCUCUCUCGAUGUGAUUCUUCGUGGAGGGGGAACUCUCAAUAACUUAUCGCUCAAGGGUGCGCUGAGCAUGUUCGGACCUGGCUUCAAAGCUUGCAAUGAGGACGACUUUAUGCACAAAGGCCUUAGUACUUCCUACUUGCUGCCUAAGUACAAGUUUGCCAAACCUGGCUUGUUCAUCGCUAACACAGUUGGAGGCACAGGCCACCCAAUAUUCAAUCAGAGCGAGUUUGACCAUUGCACGCUCCGCCAACAUCCUCUAAAGGCAGGCUACGAGGACUGCCUGCUGGCCCCCGAUAGCGUGGUCAUGAUCAACACUGUUUUUGGCAAACCCAUAUCAUUUCGCACAAACGGCUUACCAAUGGGGAUAUAUUUCGCUUUGCAGUUCAGGAGUAAAGCUAAAUUUGACGAUGGAGUUGUUGAUGCUGUUCUGGCAGCGGCGAGAAAAAACAACGCCAGCAUCGUCAUGUUCCGAGCAGGCGCUGCGCGCUUCCACGAUAAUCUGAUGUCGUAUGAGGCUCUGAAGUCCAGGUUUAAUAAAGCAGACUCUUCAAUUGCUGUGACCGUAUUCGAGGGGCUCAACAUUUGGGAUAUAAGUGCUUUAAUUUCCAGAGCAAAGCUUUUGAUUUCCACAAGUUUGCACUGCCGCAUCGUCGCUUUCUCGUUCUAUGUGCCUCGCGUGACACUUGUUUGGGGGCCGGGUGGUACAAUCGGGAACAGCAAGCUCUUCGAAUUCAUGAAGUUGUGGGACGGGGACUGGAAUCACAGUCACGAUGCUACGGAUGCGCGAAUUGGCCUUUCAAUCCAAGAAGCUCUCCGGCCUUCGAGUAAGAUUGUCUUCGACAGCAGCACGCGACGGAGCGUCAGCCUAUACGAGAAUGUAUUCAAGACGUGGGCUGACAGUCUCCACAAGCGUUGGAAGAGAGACUACGUUGGAGAGACUAGAUAAUCGCCACACGCGCCUGGUUGCUACAAAACCCUCUGGGUAGCUGCCCAAUGUUCCCGAUCAAUGCUGGCAUUGUCUCAAGCUCGCGGGCUCCAACUUCCAGGUCGGGUCGCACAGGGGUAAUCUAUAUUUAACGAGGACGCCGGCGGCGCAUCACCGGCCGCUCCCUGGGAGUUUACCGAAGUGUAUGGUAGCACGACGGCUGCAUACCCGCUCGACAUCUCGAGCUCGUUCUUGGCCUCUUCUCGGGCCGCCGACCUGCAGGGACUGCCAGAGUCACACGGAGGGUCGCCUGCUCACCUUGCCCUCUCGGCCCUGUGUUCUCAGUGCAGUUGCUGCCUACCACCUUGUCUUUGAAGAUUUUGCCAACCCACGAGCCAUUCGAUGACAGAUGUGGCCAACCAUCUUGUCUGUGGGGGUUUGACCAGCUCAGAAGCCAUGCAGAUGCGGCUAGAGCUCUCACGCUCAGGACGCGUUGCAGCCAUUGUUGCAGGGCUGGUGUGCGAGCAUGUGGUCCGUGACCAGACAUCGACCAGCACCUGGAGGGUCGCAGGCCGCCGAGACCACUUCGGUCACGCACGCGCUCAGUGGG